AUCCUCCGCGGGAUGGGCGGCCACUCCACUUCUCCCUGUUAAGACGGCUUCAUGGACCUGUUGCGCUGCAAAGAGCGGCUCCAACAUGAACCGUGAAGCUUUUUCUCCUGUUGCGAAGAAGGAUUUCCAGGAGUUUGGAGCUGACAGCUCGGAGGGAGACGCGGAGGACCUGGACAGCGUCAAAGCGCUGACGGAGAAGCUGAAGCUGCAGACGCGCAGACCGUCCUAUCUGGAGUGGCAGGAGCGACUCCAGAGUCACCCGUGGACGGACAGGAACCCAGAGGACAGUCCCGACUCUGGAGGAGACGUCUUCUCCGUCCCUGCAGCUCUGAGAAGCGAGAACUCGGACCUGGCUGUGCGCAACAUCUGCGGCUUUGAUACCAUUGAUGAUGCUCUGGAGUUUCUGAGGAAAGAGCUCAGGGAGAUGCAAGUCCAGGACAACCGCCUGGCCCGUCAGCUGAUCCGUCUGCGUGUGGAGAUCCACCGGCUGAAGGUGGAGCAGGUGUGCCACCGCCACAAGGAGAUGCUGGACGACGCCACCUACGAGCUGGAGGAGUGCGAAGAGGAGUCGGACCUGCUGUGUGACAUCCCCAUGAAGGCCGCCUUCGCCCUGUCCACUCCUCUGAAACACCUGGGCCUCACCAAGAUGAACAUCAACUCCAGACGUUUCUCACUGUGCUGAAACUGUUUCCUGGUUAGAAAACUAAAGCCUGUGCACACCGUUGGGACCGUCAGAGCUUCCUGCUGAAUCUGAGUUUACUCCGAAAACCACGACUGAUGUGGAACAGAAUGCACAUUAUUCCAAUUAACUUAGAAGUUGUGUGAUCUGUUGAUGCAAUAACAACAUUUUGAUCGUGCCAAAGGGGCGCAGAGAGGAGUUGGAAAGGAUGCAAUGCACAUUUUCAGAUUUUACAAGCAGUUAGAUGGGUUGUGACCCCAAUUUGAAAGCAAUCACGUGAUAAGAGCUGCAAACAGGAAGGAAAAGUGCCUUUUUAAAGCAAAAUAUUCGCAUUUCAAAUUGUUUCCAAGCAGUUUUGUUUCUAGCAAGUUGCUUUGAUGAUGUCAAAGACUUCAUACGUUGGGCCUUUUGGCAUCAGAUUUUUUUUAAGUUCAUAGAAUCUUUAAAAUAAACAGAAUUCCUUCAUCCAGGAAGCACAAACAGUUUUUGCACCUCUCCUUAACAAACCACAAAUAUCUUUAUGGCCUCAGCACGACAGUGAGCAGACACAGGAGGCUGUUUUGUUUCCCAGCGGCACGUCUAGAUGCUGCAGAGCAGCAGUUACAUAAGGCUGGAAAGUGACCAAAUGCUUUCUGGAGCUUGGGGGACAAUGACAGGCAUAAGUAAUUUGUUUUCAAUUCAAUUCAAAUUCAAAAAUACUUUAUUAAUCCCAGAGGGAAAUUGAUUGCUGUAGUAGCUCAGAAUAAUAAUAAUAAUCAAGUCAUCAUAGAGUUGUUGUAUAUUACAAUGGCUGUUGGCAGGAAGGAUCUCCAGUAGCGGUCAGUGUUGCAGCAGAACUGAAGAAGCCUCUGACUGAAGACACUCUUCCGUUGUCGGACAGUCUUGUGAAGAGAAUGCUCAGGGUUGUCCAUCAUUUUCUUGAUUCUCUGGAGAAUCCUUCUUUGCUUUAUCUCCUCCAGCGGUUCCGAAACUGCCGAAACUCUGGCUGAGUCCUUGAAAGGGCUUGGAGUUCCUCCAUCUUGUUGGCCAGUGAUCUCACAUUGCCCAUUAUGAUCGAUGGAAGAGAUGGUUUGAAUUUCCUCUUUCUCUGUCUCUGUUUUGCUCCCGCUCUGCACCCACGUUUCUUGCGUUUUAGCUCAUUUGGGAUUUGUGGCUUCAGUUGAGGUAUUAUUUCAGCCUUUCAGCUGCUCCCGAUUGCAAAUCAGCUUGUUGCCAUGGUUAUGCAUCAUAACAAAUGCUCAAAAAGUGAAAAAAGCUAAAAAAAAUAGCAGUAAAAAUCCUCCAAGCUUCACAGCACCAAAAACAAAAAAGUAAAGUGUCCAAAAAUAUACAGUUUUUCUUGAGAAACUAGAAGAAAAAACAUCCAAGAAAAGGCAAAACUUACAUAUAGUCAACAGAGCUACUCCAACAUGCAGCCACCCAGAGCAGCACAGUUCCGGAAAAACCGUUCCUCCUGGAAAUCCUUCUUUUAUGGUUUAACAAGCAAUACGAUGAAUAUGUUUUACUUUCCAUCAGAUCUGAAUGUUUUGUACAGUUUUAGAUCACAAACACUGUAACACAAAUGUAUAUUUGCAUGCAAUGAUGAAAAAUAUAUGUUGCACGUUAGACACAAGGAUGAAAUGACCCUUUCAUCUCCGUGUUUGUUAUAAAAUGCACCUCAUGAGGGUGCAGGAAGUUAAAAGUUUGCAAAACUCAUUAUUAAAUGAACCGAAAGCA